UCAAUCAGUCAACCGCUGGCUCCCGUUCAAGAAUCGCGCUAUCCUUAACAAAAUGCAGUACUUGAUUGUUCUUGCUCUAGUAGCGGCCGCGUCCGCCAACGUGUACCACGACGGUGCCUGUCCCGAAGUCAAGCCAGUCGACAACUUCGACUGGUCAAACUACCACGGAAAAUGGUGGGAAGUCGCCAAAUACCCCAACUCAGUUGAGAAGUACGGAAAGUGCGGAUGGGCUGAGUACACACCUGAAGGCAAGAGUGUCAAAGUUUCGAACUACCACGUAAUCCACGGCAAGGAAUACUUUAUUGAAGGAACUGCCUACCCAGUUGGUGACUCCAAGAUUGGAAAGAUCUACCACAAGCUGACUUACGGAGGUGUCACCAAGGAGAACGUAUUCAACGUACUCUCCACUGACAACAAGAACUACAUCAUCGGAUACUACUGCAAAUACGACGAGGACAAGAAGGGACACCAAGACUUCGUGUGGGUGCUCUCUAGGUCCAAGGUCCUUACUGGUGAAGCCAAGACCGCUGUCGAGAACUACCUUAUCGGCUCCCCAGUAGUCGACUCCCAGAAACUGGUAUACAGUGACUUCUCCGAAGCCGCCUGCAAGGUCAACAAUUAAACGUUAAAUCUUAAAAUAAUAACAACAUCUUCACCCAUCACAAUUAAUUGAAACAUUGAUGCUAUUUCAAAGGUAUUACUUACUUAAUCUUCUAUGAUGUUGUUAUUCUGGAUCGUAAUGAAGUUGAAGAUUAAGUGUGUAGUGUAUACAGUGAAGAUACUUAGAAUAAGUUAGAAAAUAAUUACAAAACAGUUUCGCAAUAAAUGAGAUUGGCUACUAAAACUUCA